AUGAAGCAGUUGCCAGCAGACACAGUCCGAAUCCUUUCCAGCUCACAGGUGAUCACAUCGGUCGUCAGCGUGGUUAAAGAGUUGGUGGAAAACUCCCUGGAUGCCAAAGCGACAAGUAUCGACGUCAAAUUGGAAAAUUAUGGCUUUGAUAAGAUUGAGGUGCGAGACAGUGGCGACGGGAUCAGAGCGGCUGACAUUCCCGUCAUGGCCAUGAAGCACUACACAUCAAAAAUAAGCUCUUCUGAGGACCUUGAACGCCUGACAACAUACGGUUUUCGGGGCGAAGCCUUGGGUUCCAUUUGUUGCACAUCUGAAGUUCUGAUUACGACCAAGACAGCUGCCGAUGACUUUAGCACUCAAUACACUUUGGAUAGAAGCGGCCAUGUUACUUCUCAAAAGCCCUCUCAUCUCGGACAAGGUACGACUGUAACAGUUCUGAAGCUGUUCAAGAAUCACCCUGUGAGAAAGCAAUUUUAUUCGACAGAUAAAAAACGCAAGGAAGAAAUUAAGAAAAUCCAAAAUCUUCUGAUGGCCUACAGCAUCGUGAAGCCAGAACUGAGGUUAACGUUGACACAUAAUAAGGCAGUUAUCUGGCAGAAGCACAAGGUAUCCGAUCAUAAAAUGGCUUUCAUGGCGGUAGUGGGGACAGCUGUUAUGGGCAGCAUGGUGCCUUUUCAGCACUGCUGUGAAGACCCUGAGGUGUCUCUCAGUGGUUUCCUUCCAAAGCCUAAUUCCGACGCUUCUUUGACAAGCCAUUCAAGUUCAGAAAGGAGCUUCAUCUUUGUCAACGACAGACCAGUAUAUCAGAAGGACAUUCUCAAGCUGGUUCAGCGUUACUGUAACCUGAAGUCUUCUAAUCGUUCGUACCCCGUUUUCUUUAUCAACAUUACUACUUCUCCAUCUGCCGUGGAUGUCAAUUUAACACCAGAUAAAACUCAAGUGUUCCUACACGAUAAGGAGUCCAUUUGCCUAAUUAUUGAAGAUAUUUUAACGUCGCUUUAUGGGCCUCGAACCGAGGCCCCUUCUUGUGAAAAUGAUGUAACAGACGCAACCUUGGUAGACAUCUUGGCUAAUGAACAAGAACAAACAGAUGUGCCCGUUAAGGAAAUGGAACCCUGCGGGAACCCAGCCCCGCAAGCACGUACCUCGUUGUUUUCGUUUAGUGAUGAUGUGCGAAAUGGGGAAACAGGAAAAAACACAGAGGUCUGUUUGAAGAAUCAAACGCCGUAUAACGAUUCUCCUCCGGAUCUCCUUACCGAAAAAGCAGUACCUGGCAGUGAGACAGCUGGCGAUGAUAGAUUUCAGGACCGUUCCCUAAAUAAUUUACCGUCUGAGGACCAACCGAGCAGGUAUAAGGUGCUGAAUGCAGAUGGCAAUUUUUUAAAGGACACUCGUUCUGGAAGUGGCAUUGGGGAUGAUUUGAGAAGUGACAAGAUCCCGGAAGAAGAUGAGAUGGAAAGGCCGAGGAUCCCGAAUGGUUCCUCUGAAGUCACAGCUGAUAAAUGGAGUUUGGGGCAUGCCUUUGUGAACUCGAGAGGAGAGAACCUGGAACCCGUUCAGAUUUUAAUUCCUGAAAGAGGAAAGGAAAGAAAUCAAAAGGGAAAUGAUGGUGAUGGUCAACUGCAUUUUCAACAAGGAAACAACAAUCCGGGUACUAAAAAAACAAAUGUUGUGAAUGAUAAAGUGGGACAGGUUACAGCCUACGAUUUAAUUAAAAAUCAGAUAGUAAAGAAGCCCAUGUCAGCGUUUGACCUUUUUACUCAAGACAGUCGUUCCAGGCUGUUGACGGAAAACCCCAAAGCGAGCACGGAAGAACUGAGGCUGCAAAUGGAAGAAACGUGGGAGGCGUUAAACAAAGACGAAAAAAAGAAAUAUGAGGAAAGAGCUGAUAAAGACCGGGAGCGAUAUAACCGGCAAAGCCGAGAGGCUCUGGAUCCGAACAUACGGAGGUCGACGAGAGAGAGAGAGAGGAGGUCCAAGUCCAGGCUGAAAGACCGUCUGUCUGAUCAGCCGAAACUCGACAAACUGUUCCAUUCUCGAACGGGAAAGAAAGACAGUGGCUCCCACGCUAUAAAAACUGUCCAGGUGCCCUUCACGAUGGGUUCCUUCCAACAGAGGCUUCACCGGCUUGAGCAGAAAGAGUCGGAUGAAGAACAGCUCUGUCUGAUCCGUCUUUCGAAUUUUCCUGACGCGUGGAUAAUUGCCUCGGAUCAAAAGAUAACGAUGCUGAAUCCGUACCGCGUGGAAGAAGCACUGCUCUUUAAGAAGCUUCUUGAAGACCAUAAGCUUCCUGCCCAGAAACUAGACAGACCUAUUGUGUUAACUGACAGUCUUCUUGGUGAGCCCUGUUACAUGGAAGUUCUUCGUAACAUGCCAAAGGAAAGCGGAGGGUUCGGCGGAUCGUCCUAUUUGCUGGAUUCGAGACUUGUAGCGAAUGGAUUUAAGAUAAAAAUAAUACCAGGUUCUUCAGCCGGGGAAAGUCAGUUGGAAAUUGAAGGAAUGACCAGCUGCGUGCCUUAUUAUGGCGUUUCAGAUCUGAAAGAAAUUCUCAGUGCGGUGAUAAACAAAAACGCCAAGGAAGUUUACGAAUGUAGACCUCUCAAGGUGGUAAACUAUCUGGAGGGAGAAGCAGUGCGACUGUCACGGCAGCUCCCUUUAUAUUUAUCGAAAGAAGAUGUACAGGAUACAAUUCACAGAAUGCGGAAGCAGCUUGGGAGCCAACAGAAGAGCUGUGUUCACGGACGCCCAUUCAUUCAUCAUUUAACAGAUAUCCCACAGAGUAAAGAAGUAUAAACAGACAAUUUUGUUUGAAAUCACAUCUUCCACUUUCUAUACAUGCUUUGCUUUUCUGCAUUAUUCAGUAGUUAAGCCCCAAAUGUGUUUAAUGGAUUUUGUCACUGUCAUUCUAACAAAAUGUAACGUUAACCUAUCCAUAUUUCUUUUCAUGUACAAGAACUCAGAAAGAUCGCAGGCGUGUAGUUAGUUUUUUUAAAAAAAUUCUGUUGCCAGACUACAGUUUUCUUCACUGUACAAGCAAAAUCAUCUCAGGGGGAAAAACAGAAAGAAUAAACAGUCAAAGAGUAUAAUGUUUAGAAGCAAUAGUAGGAGCAGAA